AUGUCAACAUCAUCAGAAGAUGACAAGGUGUUCUUCUUAGAACUUAAGGAGGAAGGAAACCUCCCUCCUCCAGCCAGACUCCUCCACCAAUCUCCCAGGGCGGACGUCCCUGGCCCGGAGAUAGCUAUUGAUUUUAGUUCUACCCAUCCUUGUACCUUAGAUGACCCUACAGCAUCCAGCCCUGCUCCUCAACCAGUAUUCUUCAUUGUUCCACAAGAUUCUUACAUCACAAAGAAGACUGUGGACUUAGAAUGCAAGGCUGGUCCUUCACCAAGCGUCUACUUCAUCUGCAAUGAUGAGAGAAUAGCCGAUUCCAGGACACAUUCCCUGGGCACCUUCGAUGAAUACUAUGACAAUAUCAGGCAUAUAGGAUUGUCCAUAACCAAAGAUGAGGUGACGGAGUACUUCGGUGAUGAGGAUUUCUGGUGCCUCUGUGAGGCCGCAGCUGAGCCGCAGCCAAUCAGGACAGAGAAAGCCUAUAUCAGAGAAGCAUACCUGCGGAAGCAGUUCUUCCAGGAGCCCCUUGAUCACAGGGUACCCCUCCACGACAAGUUUCAUCUUCUCUGCCGGGCACCGGAAGGUGUCCCAGAACCAACCAUCCACUGGGAGAAGGACGGAGUGGUGAUCGACGACGAGCUCGUCCACUACGUAAUCACGUACGACGGGACCCUCAUCGUCAACGAAGCCACUCUGGCAGAUACUGGCAACUAUACGUGCUUUGCAACCAAUGCCGCAACUUUCAGGAAAACUACCCCAGCUCGCGUUAUUGUAUAUGAUGAUUCCAAUAAUGGAGCAUGGUCAACAUGGACAGAAUGGAGCACCUGUACAGGAGACUGUGAGGGAGGGACCAGGAGGAGGAUGAGAUACUGUACCAAUCCUGCACCUAUCAAUGAUGGUGCUAACUGUGUGGGAAGUGCUUUUGAGACGGAAGACUGUUCAAUCGAUUGCCCAGCUGCAGCUAUCGGCUGGAGCGAAUGGAGCGCCUGGUCCCGCUGCACGGAAGACUGCGAGCAGAUCCGGACAAGGACCUGCACCAGGAGUUGUUCGGGCGCAUCGCAGCAACGGAGGAACUGCUCUGGAGGACUGUGUUUAAGUGAGCCAGCACUAGUUGAAGAUCCAGGAUUAAUUUCUCCUAGCGCUGUAGACACAUCGUCUCAAAACCCGUCUGCUGGUAGCAAGAAUGGACUGUCCAAACAAAUACCAGUCUACAUAGGAAUUUCUCUAGCCAUUGUCCUCCUUGUCCUCAUCUUCCUCUUCAUCGCUAUCUACUUGGUAACCAGGAGGAAAAGGGGGAAUUCCCCUAGUUACACCACCACUUCUACCGACGACUGUAACCUGGCUAUGCUUACAGCUCAACCACCAGACAUCACCACACAGACUAUGCAUUCAUCUCUGAGAUCCACCCACGUCAGCCUCCCGAACCACGAUGAGAAGAUACCAAUGUCCGGGACACCAACCCAUCCCCACCACCCUGACCUGACAGGAGGAAAGAUCCCGCACCAGCUCACUGUCCAGUUCUCGCCGAAAAAGGGAGGUACUAUCACACAGCUCGGAUGCCUGGGGUCAUCGGAUAUCUCGCAGUACUCGCUAACGAACGGAUCGCUGCAUUCACAUCCGCACUCUCGGUCGCUGUCACCGACAAAGAGCCACACGUACGUCCCUCUUGUAGGUCCAGGGCAGGACAAGCACAUAUAUGCCACGUUGAAUCCUCCAGAGCCUCCGCAAGAUCCUAGAUACUGUCAGACACGCUGCUAUGGUGACAUAGAGGACAAUGAUGGCUACAUCAUGGAGGAGGCAGAUGAGAACUAUAUGCUGCAGGGACAUUCUUCAGAGGAAAGUCUUGAACCAAAGUCUAUGUGUGACUCUGAUCCUGGUAGGACAAUGAUUAGCGGUGCUCUUGGGCUUCCAGUUCAUUCUGAUUAUAGCAUAGCGACAGGGCAUGUCGGAUCAAGAGGAGGAAGAUUAGUCCUACCGGAUUCAGGUGUUAGUCUGAUGAUACCGGAAGGAGCCAUAGCUCGCGGUCAGACCGUUGAAAUCUACUUAGCCGUCUCACAUGAACUCAUGGACCGACCUCACAUAGAACACAAUCAGACCUUACUCAGCCCGGUCAUACUGUGUGGACCGCCCUCUGUAGUCCUUGCCAAGUCAGUUGUUCUAGUCUUACCACACUGUGCUCAGAUGAGUAAGAAUGAUUGGAGGUUCUCUGUCAUUGCCAGCAGUACACAUCCGACAGAUGAUAAAUGCUGGGAGAAACAGACAACAGUCGGAGAGGAAACCAUAAACCUUCAAGUCUUCUGUCAAGUAGAUAGCCACCGAUCUUGCAUCGUUACGGAUCAGCUAGGAUGGUACGCUCUCAGUGGCGAGUCAAAGCCAGAGAGACAAUCUGCAAAGAGGUUGAAACUAUUAGCCUUCGGUCCUGCACUCCGUUCAACGUUAGAUUAUCAUAUCAAGGUUUACAUCUCAGAAGAUACUCCAGAUGCAUUAGAGCAUAUCUUGAAUGUUGAGAGAAGACUAGGAGGGCAGCUUCUCCAAGGUAGCUGCCAAUUUGAUUACCAUGACAACGGCAAUAAUCUAAGAUUGGAGAUCCAACAUAUAGUCCCUGGUUGGCAAUGCAAGCUGGCCAAGAACUGUCAAGAGAUUCCUUUCUACCAUGUAUGGAGCGGGACCUCUAACACGUUACACUGUUCCUUUGCGUUGGCUAAGACGGAGCCGGGUAUCGGACCAAUCGGCUGCAGGAUAGAGGUGACCCAGGGCACCUAUACAACCAGUAUGCAGGUCAUGGAGAGAACCAUAGAUGAGGUUGUUGUUGAGCAAGACUUGAGACUAAAUGGUUACAGCCCAAACCACAUGGUACCGCCUCAGAACGCCUUCCACCUGUCUAAACCAGUCAGAACUGCCUUGUGCCAAUGCCUUGAUAUCCCCCAGCCCAAGGGUAAUGACUGGAAACUACUUGCAACAAAGCUAGGUGUCGAUGGAUAUCUAAAUUUCUUUGGCAUCAAACCAAGUCCAACAGAUCAAAUCCUUGACAUGUGGGAAGCCAGGGACAGUGAGGAGGGAGCCCUCAUGAGGUUGGCAGGAGCAUUCCAGGAGAUGGGUAGACACGAUGCCGUCACGAUAGUCCAGAAACAGAUGGCUGCAUGGAUGUGACAUCUGCCACCCUGUGAUAGCAAAAGCGAUCCAAACUUUUAACUGACACUCUCUAAUUGGUGCUUACAUGGCAAUAGUCGUCUUUGUGAAGAGAUGGAUGUGUGGGGUGAUGGAAUGUUUUAGCAGCUAUGAAGGUUUGGUCCCCUAAUGGAACCAGGACCAUGCAGGGACCUGGUCUCAAUUUGGACCCGGAAUUGCACUCAUGACACAGCCUAAUAGAAAGAAGAUUUACCAGAACACACCAUGCUAGUAUAAACACCUCUGUAUGAUCUACUUGAGAUGGAUAAGACUUGUGAUGAACAGUGAUUUGAAAAAUCUUUUCAUAGUCUUCAGCAAUUCUGAGGGUAUGGUCUCAUACCCUAAAGCACUGCAAGGUCUUCAGUUAGUAUACUGGUUUAGUAUUGGUAUCCUCUUACAUGAUUCAAAUCUGAGUCUUUCCCAAGACGCUGCACGCAUAAGGAAGGAAUAAUUAGUCAGCUUGCCUGCAUAUAGUCGCUCACUGAAUGCACACCACGAUUCAAUACUGCCUGCUUCACAAUCAUAUUUUCAUGCUACAGAAGGUCACAUGAGACCAAAACUUUUUUUAACUGUGAGAAAAGGGUGAUGACUGAAUAAGCCUCACCCCCAAAUAUAUUAAUCCUUUGUUUGGGAUAGGUAACUUAUUUACAAUGUGAAGUACUUUUUAUAUUAGCAAUUCAAUUCAUCAUUUUAAUCUACCAACAGAUACCAUUUGUGUAUUUAUUACAUAGCUAAAUUUGGAAGCAAUGUUAAUGUAUGGAAUAUUCUGAUUGGUUAAUAAGGAUAUUAACUUACAGAAUAAUCAAUAAGGACAUUUUAUGGUAAAGCAAUUAUGGAAAUCAAAUGAUGUGUGUGCAUUCAAGGAAAUAGGUUGAAUUAAUUGCAAUCUUUAACCUUUCAAAUGUCAAGUGUUUACGACAAGAAACGUGUCGAGAAUUGUUUUUAAGGAAAGGCUUUUGACAGGUAAAAUCAUGAGGAUCCAAUAUUGGAAUUUAAAAUUGUUUUGCUGCAAUCAUUGAGGAUCUAAUAUAAAUAUAUGAAAAUAAUCAGCUAUCAUAUUCUUUAAAUGUAUAUAUUCUGUGGAAAGAAUAUAACAUGUUGGCCUAUUAUUUAAUACAGGGUUUUAGCCUGGUCAUGCUUUUAGAUCAUGUUAUUCUUGUCAAUGAGAUAAGAUAAUGAAAAGAAUCCAGAAUGUUUGAAUUUGUGCAUCCACUGAAAUCAUAUGGAACAUUCACUUACCAAACUGGUAAACUUAACCGGUUUAAACUGGUUCCAUUUGCUAUGAAUGCAAUUGAAAAUUCCCCAACAAGAAUACUUUAUAUAAAUCUUUAAAUCAUGACUUUAGAAUGUGUAACCUUUAAACAACUCCAUAAUUAUCAAUUCCAUUUAUGCAAAUGUACCUUUCUAGGUUGUUUAUUAUUUUGUAAGUAGAUCGAGUGCUGCACAAUUUUUCUGUCAUGACUUGCAGAUAGAUGAAUGAUUGUUCAUGUAAUUGCAAGCCAUUGUUGGUGACCAUAAGUCCUCUCUGGGUGUUGCUGUACAUAUUUUGUUUUUGUAAUGUGAUUUGCCCACUAAGAAAAAAUGUGCACUUUUUAGAUUAUUGUUUUGUUGCAUAAUUUUAUGUUUGCACCAAGUGUAUGCUUGUUAUUGUUCAAAGAUAUGUUAAUAUAUUCAGAAAUUAUGUUUGCAGAUAUGGUAACAGCUUAUUCACAAAAUAGGAACACAAUUUUUGCUAUUAAAAAUGGCUAUGACUUUAGCACUAAUGUAGUUUGAUACGUUUGAGAGCUAUGAUUGAUAUUUGUUAUAAUAAACCCAGAUCAUCAAGGUAUUUUUCGGGAGCGUAGCAAAGCCUAACACAACACACUUAAUUGGGUAUCUUAUGAACAGUUACAAAGUCUGUCAUCCCUGAAUAUAAAGUAUCUCCAACUGUUAUUUCAUACGGACAGUUGCUGGAGUCUUCUAAAUGGUGUUUUGUAUAUUGCUUUUCCCUCACUUUUUUUGCCACAUGCAAAAGCUGCUCACUUUAGCCUGAUACAUAGGAUUAUUUUCAUUGUUUCAUCACUUUUUUCUCCGUAAUGAGUUAAAGAAUUGCACAUAGGCCAUUGGUAAUGUAUUUUAUCUGUGGCCUAUAUAUACUAGGUUUGAAUGUCAAAAGAUAACCAGGGUCACGUAGCACAAAUCUUAGCAGUUGAUAAUAUAUGCUUGAUUUUUACGAUUGAUUUUACGUACAUUGUAGUCAAUGCAAUCACUCGUAAAAAUUUGUUCUGUGAUCAAUUGACAAGCUUUGUGUUCUGUAGCCUAGGUCAAGAGAAUUAUCUUUUUUUCUGAAUAUGUGAAUUCUAUCUCUUCCGAAAUGUUGAGCUUUGUGAUUAGGUUAUUAACAUGUUGUUAUUUGUUGAGUUGGGUCAUUACUUUUUUUUCAUUUUACUGGCUUGAGAAGUCAUCUAUGCAAUGAUUUUGGGGGCAAAAUCGGCCGACAUGAGCAACAUUGUGAUUCGAUUGUGAGCAUGAUUCCAUAACUGUGUAAAUUGUGAAAUAUGUAAAUGAAUAUGUACAAAUAUAAUAUACCUAUCACUUUGAUGAACAAAUAUUGUAAAAAAGAAAUAAUAGAAUCUUGUGAAGAGAAAGAAAAAAGGAAAGAUGUUAUGAUUGCAAAUAUUUAUAACUCUUCUAUUUGUGAUUAUAAAUGGUGGUGGGGCUUAUGAUGAUGAUUAUGAAUGAUGAGUGUACCCACUUUAAUACAUGUUAAAUAUGAUUAUAGAUUUAUAUCACUUUGGGGUUUAUUAAGUUGGUAAUUUGUGUGUUCAACCCCAAUAAGCUGAUCCUAUUUAUGAAUGGUGAGGAUAUUUUUUAUAAAAUGAUAGAUAUCGGGCACGGGAAAUGGUGUAUAUUUCGCUUCUAUCUCUGUGCAUAUAUACAUAUGUGUGUUUCCUCCAUAUAUAUAUAUAUAUAUAUAUAUCUGUCAUGAUAUGAUA